AUGGAGCUCUUUUUGCAUCGUAUUAGGUUUCCGAUAUUAGAAUACUGGGCACCGCAGCAGGUAUUCUGCUUAUCGCCUGUCUUUGAUGUGACUCCACUGCAAAAUGGACUCGAUGACGUAAAUGGUAUAAAAAUUAUACCUUACAUUCUCCUUGACGACAUCAAGAUAUUCCCACGAAUCGACUGUUGCGAACUCGCACUCCAUUCGAAUAACCGUCUACCUCUUUUCGGAUCCGACGUAUACGACCUUGGUGAAUGGUCAAAAAUUAACAUACGACGCGACGUGCGUUUGAUCUCCGUCUCCUCGUUUCCAAAAACGGUCGAAUCUUAA